UAUAACAGUCUUGACACAAGUAACAUUAUAUUGUAUAAUACUGCUUCUCGUAUGGUGGGGGCAUAGAAUUUAUCUGGUGAUACUUCUUAAGGCCUCAGUACGCGCUCGUUCCGCACGUGUUACAACUCGUCCAAGUUCACUGGGUCGCCUGUGCCAAUUGAAGACGCCGCAACCAAUCACGAAAAAGAUGAUGAGAAAGCCCGCGACACUACUCUUCGAUUAGUAACAAUAGUAAUGAGACAUGGGGAAAGGGCACCGCAGGAUACCUACCCAAAUGACCCUUAUGCGAACAGUUCGAUGGAACCUUAUGGUUGGGGUCAACUGACAAACGAGGGAAGAAGGAGUCAGUACAAUCAAGGCCUUUUUCUGAGAGAUCGUUACGACGAUUUCCUGGGUUCGAUAUAUAAUCCCGACAUAUUUUAUUUGCAAUGUACCGCAGUGGAUCGUACAAAAAUGUCUGCAUUGCUAGAAGCAGCAGCUUUGUGGAAACCAAACGAAAAGCAAUCGUUCAAGCCUGAUCUACCAUGGCAACCUGUUACCCUAUUUUAUCAGCCGCGGUCAGAAGAUACAUUGAUGUUAAUUUGGGAUACUUGUCCGAAAUACACCAAGCUUCGACACGCAAUAAUGAGUUUACCAGAGAUUCAAAAAGUUCAAAACGAUAACAAACAAUUGUACGAAGAAUUGACGAACUUAACGGGUAUGGUAAUUUCGACUCCCGAUGAUGUCAGUUCACUUUACGCAACGUUAAUGGCAGAGGAACAAAUGAAUUUAACUCUUCCUGACUGGAUCGAAGAUUACUAUCCUGAUCGAUUGCUACCGUUGACAUUAUAUGACUUUCAACUUAAUACGUACAAUGAUACUCUCAGGAGAUUCAAGGGUGGACCUUUUCUGAAAAAGAUUGUCACCGACAUGCUAGAUAAGAAAGAUAAUAGUUUAGAACCUGAAGGAAGGAAAAUGUUUAUGUACGUAGGCCACGAUAGCACCGUCGUAACUUUGUUAGAUGCUUUGCAUGUGUGGAACAACCAACUACCUCAUUAUAAUAUCAUGACUAUGAUCGAAUUACACGAAAACAAAGAUGGAUGGAAUGUUCAGGUAUAUUUAAGAAAUACAACUGAUCAUGAACCAUACCCUCUGACUAUACCAGGAUGCACCACGAUUUGUCCCCUUGAAGAUUUUGUUCGCAUUUUCAAACCAACAAUACCGGACGAUUGGGAAGAAGAAUGCAAAGUUGAAGGGGAUUAUACACCUCCACCUGCUCCAGUUCCUUAAUUGUAAUAAUUUGUUUAGUUAAACUUUUCGUGUCAUUAAAGCAGGUUAGUAACUGAAGGCAAAUGUAAAACGUGUAAUGAGAAGCACAAAAUUAAAAUCAUGGAAAAAAAUGAUAUAAAUAAUUAAUUUUUAAUAAUAGGUUACUUUGUUAUAACAUGAAAUUUUUUGAACGAAUAAACAAAAAUGAGAAUA